AUGAUUAUGAUGCACCUUCGCUCCUUUUUUAUAGAUUGCUAUUACCUAUGCGACAAUGCAUAUUGUAACAGUGAAGGAUUCAUCACUCCAUAUAAAGGCGUCCGAUAUCAUUUGAAGGAGUGGGGACCUGGAACACAAGCUCCUCAAACUCCUGAAGAACUUUUCAAUUUGAAGCACACAAAAGCAAGGAAUGUGAUUGAGCGUGCCUUUGCGGUUCUUAAGAUGCGUUGGGGAAUCUUGCGCAGCCCGAGUUUCUACCCUAUCGAUGUGCAAACCGGUUUGAUAAUUGCUUGCUUCCUGCUGCACAACUUCAUUCGUACAAAUGCAGAAGUGGAUCCCAUCGAGGACUUCUUACCUUCUCAAGCCGAUGACGGGGGUACCAGUGACAAUGAAGAGCCGGUUGUGCAUACCAUUAAUGUUGUCUCGCCUACAGCUUUGUGGACGAAGAAGAGGGAUGAUUUGGCGGCUGCAAUGUGGGGUCAAAGGAUGAACGGGUGA